AUGAAGUUCACAGUCCUCACCAUCCUGGCCUCAGCCGCCUCCCUCACCAGCGCAAACCCUCUUCACGCGCGCAGCACCACCAUCACCACUAGAGCCGUCGCCAACGACACCGCCAGCAACUGCACGACCCCCCUCAACUACGGCGCCCUCAUUUUUGACGGCCUCGACAUGAUUGACAUCUGGGGCCCCCUCGACAUCCUCCAGCUCAACGCCCACACCUACAAGAUGAACGUCCACCUGAUCGCGCCCACCCUGGACCCCAUCACCACCGGCAACGUCGACCCCUCCGACCCGGCCAAGAACAAGCAGGGCUCCUCCUUCUGGCCCACCAUCGCCCCCACCGCCACCUUCGCCGACGACCUCGACCUCGACGUCCUCAUCGUCCCCGGCGGUCCCGGCGUCCGCGCCGACGGCCUCGAGCCCAUCGUCGACUACGUCCGGGACACCUACCCCAAGCUCAAGUACCUCAUCACCAUCUGCACGGGCGCCAGCCUCGCGGCCCGCGCCGGCGUGCUGGACGGCAAGAGGGCCACGACCAACAAGCGCGCCUGGGCCCAGAUGACGGCUUUCGGUCCCAACGUCGAGUGGGUCGCGCCGGCGCGGUACGUGGUUGACGGGAACAUCUGGUCUUCCUCUGGUGUCGCCGCCAGUCUGGAUCUCACCUACGCCUUCGUCGAGAAGAUCUACGGCAAGACCCAGAGCACGCUCCUCGCCAACACCAUGGAGCACACGCCCCUCGCGCCCGAGGACGACGUCUUCACCGACAUCUGGAACGUCCCUCACACCAAUGUCUGA